AUGUACAUAUCUUAUAUAUAUCCUGCUCUUUAUAAAUUACAAAACAUUGUUAAUUUUUGGGUUGAAAUAAAAAUGGAUAUUCCUCUAAUACUUUUACUUCUUGGUCUGGUUUUUAACUUGACCAAAGCUCUUCAACUGGGUACUUGUGCUAAUUCUUCAAGGAUAUAUAGCAAAUUUUCCUGUGAAAAUAAGCCAUUGACAUUAUCCUGUCCCAAAGAUACUGUAAUAAAAAUUUCAAGUGCUCAAUAUGGCAGAACUAAAACUAGUAUAUGUCCAGGAAAUAUGCCGAAUCAGACUUGCAAGGCUCCAAGCAGCAAACGUCUUGUAUCUGAGGCGUGCUCUGGAAAAAACGAAUGUACUAUAGCAGCUAGUAAUACGGUUUUUGGUGAUCCAUGCCCUACUACCGAAAAAUAUUUGGAGGUAAACUACUGUUGUGAGACUCCAUAUCCAGUUGGUUGUGAUACUGCCCCACAAGUUGAGACAGCAUGUGGUUCAACAUUUUUAAGCCUUAAAUGUCAAGUGGGUAAAUUAAACAUAUUAAGCGCAAAUUAUGGCAGAACUGAUACAAUUACUUGUCCAUACGGUACAAUACAAACUACAAAUUGUCAUGCUGAUAACUCCACUAGCAUAGUAUCAAAAUGGUGCAAUGGUAAGAGUGAAUGCUAUACUUUAGCGCAUCCCUAUAUUUUCGGCGAUCCAUGUAAUGGGACUUUUAAAUAUUUAUUUGCCAAGUUUUGUUGCAAAUUGGAUGAAUAAUUGUAAAAUAGAUAAAUGAAUGUUUACAAUAAUGCUUUUAUUAUAUCAAUAUUAUAUGCCAUUAUUAAAAAGUAGUUUUUUAUUUCAAUAUUCCAAACGUCUUUUGUACACAAUAGCA